AUGGAAGGUUUCAAUACCAUAUCCACUUCAUUGAAAGAAAUGUAUCAAAUGAUUACGAUGGGUGGAAAUGCAGAACUAGAACUUGUGGAUAGUUUGGAUCCAUUCUCCGAAGGUAUCUUGUUUAGUGUCAUGCCUCCGAAGAAGUCGUGGAGAAACAUCUCAAAUUUGUCUGGUGGAGAAAAGACCUUGAGUUCUCUUGCAUUGGUGUUUGCCUUACAUAAAUACAAGCCCACACCAUUGUAUGUGAUGGAUGAGAUCGAUGCUGCGUUGGAUUUUAGGAAUGUUUCGAUUGUGGCCAACUACAUCAAAGAACGUACGAAAAAUGCCCAAUUUGUGGUUAUUUCUUUGAGAAAUAACAUGUUUGAGUUGGCACAGCAAUUGGUGGGAAUCUACAAGGUGAACAACAUGACAAAGAGUGUUUCAUUGAAGAACAAGAGCUUCUUAGAAAAUGUAUAA